AUGAAGCGGAACAAAGUCCCACCAGAUGAUGCCACCGCCCAUGAGCCGGAUGACAUGCCCGGCACUCCAGAUGGCACGACUUCCGAAGAUGACCCGGAAGAACCGGACCCAGAACAAGCUUCCACCCAAAACGAUUCGGUGAGGGCACCCACAGGCGACGACGCUCCACCCAGCUCGACGGCACCACCGUCCCCACCCCCACCAGCCUGCCAAUCUCCCCCACCCACCAAACCCCCAAGCACCUCAAGACCAACACCAGAGACUCCACACCGAAGUCCCCCAGCCACAAGACCCCAAAGUGCCUCAACAUCUGCACCAACAUCUCACCAACAUCAAAGCCACCCAGCUGUAAGAGCACCAAGCAACGCAGAACCAACCGCAUCCCCCAACACACCAGACAAGCCAGACGAAAAUGAACCCCCGGACCCCCCGUCCCCAGACCCAGACUCGGACGAAGAUGAGACCGACUGGAAAAAACAAGAAUGGACCCAGAAACCAGAUCAGCCACCCUGA